AUGUCGGACCAUAAAGAAUAUGGCUUGACCAGAUCACAGUCAACGUCAAUAUCCAGUACCGAUUCUGAGUUCCAGGCAUCAAGAACGCAGUCACGAUCUCAGAGCUUGGCUAGUUCUCUAAGGACGAGGCUGCGGUCUUUGUCGAAUUCAGGGAUGACCCAAGUGGAUCGAGUCUAUUCGGGGCGACAUCUGAAUGAUCAGUCAGUAUACCAUAGUGACGAUGAGUCUAAUCAUGGUGAAUCACCCAUCGAAAACGAGCAGAACCCCGAUACUAUCCAGGAAGUGCAGAACGGGAUUGUCAACGAGCGCGAUCUGGAUCUAGAGAAAGCCAAUGAUGCACAGCCCGAGCUUGAGAAAUCAAGGACGAAAAAUUCGAACCGGUCUCUUCGCGACCAAAAACUGGUACAGUGGGACGGCCCUGAAGACCCCGAAAACCCGAAAAACUGGACCAACAAGAAGAAAUGGGCUGCUACCAUCACCGUAUCACUAUUCACAUUCAUCUCACCGGUCUCUUCGUCAAUGGUUGCGCCGGCACUGCCAUCACUCGCAGCGGACCUGAAAGUCACGGAUGAAUUCGUCUCACAACUUAUGCUCUCAAUCUUCGUUCUAGCCUACGCUGUUGGCCCAUUAUUAUUCGGGCCAUUGUCAGAGAUUUACGGUCGAACCGUCGUUCUACAGCUCUCCAAUCUCUUCUUCCUAGUUUUCAACAUUGGGUGUGCAGUAUCACAAACGAAAGUCCAAAUGAUCAUUUGCCGAUUCUUUGCUGGACUAGGAGGCAGUGCUCCACUAGCAGUCGGCGGUGGAGUCCUCUCGGAUUGCUUCCGGGCUGAAGAGCGCGGGAAGGGAGUCGCGAUCUACAGCCUUGCACCACUUCUAGGCCCAGCCCUCGGACCUAUCGCAGGAGGCUUCAUCGCCGAAAACACAACCUGGCGCUGGGUCUUCUAUUCGACCUCAAUAGUUGACGGCCUAAUCCAACUAAUGGGCCUCUUCUUCCUACGCGAAAGCUACGGCCCGAAAAUCCUUCUCGACCGCGCCAUCCGCCUGCGCAAAGAAACGGGCGAUGAAUCCUACCAAACAGAAGCAGAGCGCCAAAAUAAAACCCUGCUCGAAAUUCUGCGCGGCUCAUUCAUCCGUCCCUUCCGCCUCCUCCUCACACAACCAAUUGUCCAAGUCCUCGCCCUAUUCAUGGCCUACACCUAUGGAAUCAUUUACCUUGUCCUCUCGACAUUCCCUACCCUCUGGACAAGCCCAAAUUACUACAACGAAUCAACCGGCAUCGGUGGCCUGAACUACAUCUCCCUCGGACUAGGCUUCUGGCUCGGCUCACAGAUCUGCGCCCCGCUAAACGACCGCAUCUACCGCCGUCUCAAGGCCCGUAAUGGCGGCGUCGGAAAACCAGAGUUCCGCGUCCCGCUGCUCUUCGUCGGCGCCUUCUUGAUCCCCGCCGGCUUGUUCAUCUACGGUUGGACUGCUCAGUACCAUUGCCAUUGGAUUGCGCCGAACAUCGGUGCUGUAAUGUUUGGUGCUGGCAAUAUCAUUGCCUUCCAGUGUAUCCAGACUUAUAUGGUUGAUACCUAUACGCGGUUUGCGGCUAGUGCGCUUGCUGCUGGUGCAUUUCUGCGCUCGAUAGCUGGGUUUGGGUUUCCACUUUUUGCACCAUAUAUGUACAGUGCUUUAGAAUACGGGUGGGGGAAUAGUUUGUUGGCGUUCGUGGCUAUUGUGGUCGGGGCGCCGGCGCCGGUGCUUUUGUGGAAGUUUGGGGAAAAGCUGAGGAAAAAGAGUACUUUUGCAGCCGGCUAG